CAAUCAAUGUGUUGCAAAACCGUGGAAGAAGAGAAAGCCACCGGAAGUUUACAAAUAGCAACCCAGUAAGCUAAUAGUUAGCUAACAUUUUUUUGUUUUGAUCAACUGUUAAAAACUAUCGGUUUUAACGAAGAAAGAAGAAGGAUGGUUUGUGAAAAAUGCGAGAAGAAGCUGGGCAGGGUUAUUACCCCCGACACCUGGAAGGACGGAGCACGGAACACAACAGAAAGUGGCGGUCGUAAGCUAAAUGAAAACAAGAUGCUGACUUCAAAGAAAGCCAGGUUCGACCCCUACAGCAAGUCGGGAUUUGCUAUCUGCAGGAUCUGCAAGAGCUCUGUUCAUCAGUCUGGAUCACACUACUGCCAGGGCUGUGCUUACAAGAAAGGAAUUUGUGCCAUGUGUGGAAAAAAGGUUUUGGACACCAAGAACUACAAACAGACAUCUGUGUGAGUGUAUGCUGAUCAGAGAACAGUUCUACAAGAAUAAAUAGCAGAUGCCACGUUAGAAAAUCAAACGUUAGUCAGUUGGUUCCAUAACGUUCUGUAAUAGAAAAUUGUAACUCUUUAUUGUUGUUCCAUUUCAGUUAAACUGAGAUUUUAUUUUUAAAAUGGCAUGUUUUAACCUUACAGAAUGUUCAGUGGUCACACACAUGCAGACACACAACAUUAUUAGUUAUAACUAUCAGUUGUUGACAGUUUAAGCUUCCAGAUUAUUUGUAUAUUUUCAAUUCAGCUACACUUGUAUUUGGAUGGUUUGUUUUAGAUAUUGCUGCUUGUAACCUGUCAAUUAUUGUGUAUUUAAGUGAAUAAAACAAAUCAAUAUAAUAAUAA